AUGCCGGAUGAAAUACCGAAUCGGGACAUUUCUCUUGGACGCGCUGAUCAACGACGAAGCAUGAACAACAACAACAAUGUUAAUGGAGGAGACGGGGACCAAAAUCACGAGAUACCCCGGCAUCUUCUCCAGCACAUCCCAAGGCCUCGGGAGGUAGUUUUCAGGCUGACAAGAGACCAUCUAGAAAUGAUGUACAAUACCUGGGCUGUCGCGCGACGCCGUGUGCGUCAACUAGUCUAUCAGCCGGAGUUACCAUUCCCUCCCUACCCGCUGCCUCCGGUCUGGCCAGACGACCUGCGCACGAUGAUGGUGCUCUGGGUUGCGAGGGAGCGUCGCAUGUUCGAAAUGGAGAUGACUGAGCUUGAGCAUAUACUGGGACUCAGAGGUGCUGGGCACCAUACAGAUGAAGGAGAUUCGAGCGAAGAGGCCGAGAGUGUGAUCGAGGGGCUGCAUACAUGGGAUAGGAUAGAUGCAUGA